AUGCGACUUUCAGGGCCGACGCUGCUGCUCCUAGCGGUGGCCGGCGUAGUCCUCUUGGUUGGUGACGGCGACGCUGCUGGAUGCGACAAAGCAGCUGUAAAGUCUUUCAACGCUUCUGAGUACCUGGGCGUGUGGUACGAGAUCGCCAGGUUGGGACUGGCUCCCUUCGAGGCAGGCGCCCAGUGUGUCACGGCGGAGUACUCACUGGCUGGAGACAACAACGUGACUGUACACAACAGGAUGUACAACACGUCUGCGGGGGCCUUCAACGACAUCAUCGGCUGGGCCGAGUUUGAUGACCCUAAUUCCGGAGAGGCCAAACUCACGGUGCACUUCCCAGGUGUACCAGAGUUUGGUUUGUUUAUGUUGACAGUGACAGCUCCCUACUGGGUCCUGGACACAGACUACAAGAGCUACGCAAUCGUCUGGGCGUGCAGGGAGCCUGCAAACGAAACCUCCAACAUUACAGAGACCUCAUGGAUCCUGUCACGGAGUGCCCAGCUGACAGCAGAGCAGGAGGAGCAGGUGAAUGGCAAGCUGGAGGCCCUGGGUCUGCCGAGGAGCCGCUACACAGACACCCCACAGGACCUACAACAGUGCACUGUCAGAGUCAGCACGUGCGACAAGCCUGCAGUCUCCCAGUUUAACGCCUCUGAGUACCUGGGCGUGUGGUACGAGAUCGCCAGGUUCGGACUGGCUCCCUUCGAGGCAGGAGCCCAGUGUGUCACGGCGGAGUACUCACUGGCUGGAGACAACAACGUGACCGUACACAACAGGAUGUACAACACGUCUGCAGGGGCCUUCAACGACAUCACUGGCUGGGCCGAGUUUGAUGACCCCAACUCUGGAGAGGCCAAACUUACAGUGCACUUCCCAAACGUACCAGUGGCAGCUCCGUACUGGGUCUUGGACACAGACUACAAGAGCUACUCAAUUGUCUGGGCCUGCAGGGAACCUACAGAUGAAACUUCCAACAUUACGGAGACCUCAUGGAUCCUGUCACGGAAUUCCGAGCUGACAGCAGAGCAGGAGCAGCAGGUGAAUGACAAGCUGGAGGCCCUGGGUCUGCCUCGGAGCCGCUACACAGACACCCCACAGGACCCACAACAGUGCACUGUCAGAGUCAGCACGUGCGACAAGCCUGCAGUCUCCCAGUUUAACGCCUCUGAGUACCUGGGCGUGUGGUACGAGAUCGCCAGGUUCGGACUGGCUCCCUUCGAGGCAGGAGCCCAGUGUGUCACGGCGGAGUACUCACUGGCUGGAGACAACAACGUGACCGUACACAACAGGAUGUACAACACGUCUGCAGGGGCCUUCAACGACAUCACUGGCUGGGCCGAGUUUGAUGACCCCAACUCUGGAGAGGCCAAACUUACAGUGCACUUCCCAAACGUACCAGUGGCAGCUCCGUACUGGGUCUUGGACACAGACUACAAGAGCUACUCAAUUGUCUGGGCCUGCAGGGAACCUACAGAUGAAACUUCCAACAUUACGGAGACCUCAUGGAUCCUGUCACGGAAUUCCGAGCUGACAGCAGAGCAGGAGCAGCAGGUGAAUGACAAGCUGGAGGCCCUGGGUCUGCCUCGGAGCCGCUACACAGACACCCCACAGGACCCACAACAGUGCACUGUCAGAGUCAGCACGUGCGACAAGCCUGCAGUCUCCCAGUUUAACGCCUCUGAGUACCUGGGCGUGUGGUACGAGAUCGCCAGGUUCGGACUGGCUCCCUUCGAGGCAGGAGCCCAGUGUGUCACGGCGGAGUACUCACUGGCUGGAGACAACAACGUGACCGUACACAACAGGAUGUACAACACGUCUGCAGGGGCCUUCAACGACAUCACUGGCUGGGCCGAGUUUGAUGACCCCAACUCUGGAGAGGCCAAACUUACAGUGCACUUCCCAAACGUACCAGUGGCAGCUCCGUACUGGGUCUUGGACACAGACUACAAGAGCUACUCAAUUGUCUGGGCCUGCAGGGAACCUACAGAUGAAACUUCCAACAUUACGGAGACUUCAUGGAUCCUGUCACGGAAUUCCGAGCUGACAGCAGAGCAGGAGCAGCAGGUGAAUGACAAGCUGGAGGCCCUGGGUCUGCCUCGGAGCCGCUACACAGACACCCCACAGGACCCACAACAGUGCACUGUCAGAGUCAGCACGUGCGACAAGCCUGCAGUCUCCCAGUUUAACGCCUCUGAGUACCUGGGCGUGUGGUACGAGAUCGCCAGGUUCGGACUGGCUCCCUUCGAGGCAGGAGCCCAGUGUGUCACGGCGGAGUACUCACUGGCUGGAGACAACAACGUGACCAUACACAACAGGAUGUACAACACGUCUGCAGGGGCCUUCAACGACAUCACUGGCUGGGCCGAGUUUGAUGACCCCAACUCUGGAGAGGCCAAACUUACAGUGCACUUCCCAAACGUACCAGUGGCAGCUCCGUACUGGGUCUUGGACACAGACUACAAGAGCUACUCAAUUGUCUGGGCCUGCAGGGAACCUACAGAUGAAACUUCCAACAUUACGGAGACCUCAUGGAUCCUGUCACGGAAUUCCGAGCUGACAGCAGAGCAGGAGCAGCAGGUGAAUGACAAGCUGGAGGCCCUGGGUCUGCCUCGGAGCCGCUACACAGACACCCCACAGGACCCACAACAGUGCACUGUCAGAGUCAGCACGUGCGACAAGCCUGCAGUCUCCCAGUUUAACGCCUCUGAGUACCUGGGCGUGUGGUACGAGAUCGCCAGGUUCGGACUGGCUCCCUUCGAGGCAGGAGCCCAGUGUGUCACGGCGGAGUACUCACUGGCUGGAGACAACAACGUGACCGUACACAACAGGAUGUACAACACGUCUGCAGGGGCCUUCAACGACAUCACUGGCUGGGCCGAGUUUGAUGACCCCAACUCUGGAGAGGCCAAACUUACAGUGCACUUCCCAAACGUACCAGUGGCAGCUCCGUACUGGGUCUUGGACACAGACUACAAGAGCUACUCAAUUGUCUGGGCCUGCAGGGAACCUACAGAUGAAACUUCCAACAUUACGGAGACCUCAUGGAUCCUGUCACGGAAUUCCGAGCUGACAGCAGAGCAGGAGCAGCAGGUGAAUGACAAGCUGGAGGCCCUGGGUCUGCCUCGGAGCCGCUACACAGACACCCCACAGGACCCACAACAGUGCACUGUCAGAGUCAGCACGUGCGACAAGCCUGCAGUCUCCCAGUUUAACGCCUCUGAGUACCUGGGCGUGUGGUACGAGAUCGCCAGGUUCGGACUGGCUCCCUUCGAGGCAGGAGCCCAGUGUGUCACGGCGGAGUACUCACUGGCUGGAGACAACAACGUGACCGUACACAACAGGAUGUACAACACGUCUGCAGGGGCCUUCAACGACAUCACUGGCUGGGCCGAGUUUGAUGACCCCAACUCUGGAGAGGCCAAACUUACAGUGCACUUCCCAAACGUACCAGUGGCAGCUCCGUACUGGGUCUUGGACACAGACUACAAGAGCUACUCAAUUGUCUGGGCCUGCAGGGAACCUACAGAUGAAACUUCCAACAUUACGGAGACUUCAUGGAUCCUGUCACGGAAUUCCGAGCUGACAGCAGAGCAGGAGCAGCAGGUGAAUGACAAGCUGGAGGCCCUGGGUCUGCCUCGGAGCCGCUACACAGACACCCCACAGGACCCACAACAGUGCACUGUCAGAGUCAGCACGUGCGACAAGCCUGCAGUCUCCCAGUUUAACGCCUCUGAGUACCUGGGCGUGUGGUACGAGAUCGCCAGGUUCGGACUGGCUCCCUUCGAGGCAGGAGCCCAGUGUGUCACGGCGGAGUACUCACUGGCUGGAGACAACAACGUGACCGUACACAACAGGAUGUACAACACGUCUGCAGGGGCCUUCAACGACAUCAUCGGCUGGGCUGAGUUUGAUGACCCCAACUCUGGAGAGGCCAAACUUACAGUGCACUUCCCAGGCGUACCAGAGACCUCAUGGAUCCUAUCAAGGAAUUCCGAGCUGACAGCAGAGCAGGAGCAGCAGGUGAAUGACAAGCUGGAGGCCCUGGGUCUGCCUCGGAGCCGCUACACAGACACCCCACAGGACCCACAACAGUGCACUGUCAGAGUCAGCACGUGCGACAAGCCUGCAGUCUCCCAGUUUAACGCCUCUGAGUACCUGGGCGUGUGGUACGAGAUCGCCAGGUUCGGACUGGCUCCCUUCGAGGCAGGCGCCCAGUGCGUAACAGCGGAGUACUCACUGGCUGGAGACAACAACGUGACCGUACACAACAGGAUGUACAACACGUCUGCAGGGGCCUUCGACGACAUCAUCGGCUGGGCCGAGUUUGAUGACCCCAACUCCGGAGAGGCCAAACUUACAGUGCACUUCCCAGACGUACCAGUGGCAGCACCCUACUGGGUCCUGGACACAGACUACAAGAGCUACUCAAUCGUGUGGGCGUGCAGGGAGCCUACAAGUGAAACAUCUAACAUUACUGAGACCUCAUGGAUCCUGUCACGGAAUUCCGAGCUGACAGCAGAGCAGGAGCAGCAGGUGAAUGACAAGCUGGAGGCCCUGGGUCUGCCGAGGAGCCGCUACACAGACACCCCACAGGACCCACAACAGUGCACUGUCAGAGUCAGCACGUGCGACAAGCCUGCAGUCUCCCAGUUUAACGCCUCUGAGUACCUGGGCGUGUGGUACGAGAUCGCCAGGUUCGGACUGGCUCCCUUCGAGGCAGGCGCCCAGUGUGUCACGGCGGAGUACUCACUGGCUGGAGACAACAACGUGACCGUACACAACAGGAUGUACAACACGUCUGCAGGGGCCUUCGACGACAUCAUCGGCUGGGCCGAGUUUGAUGACCCCAACUCCGGAGAGGCCAAACUUACAGUGCACUUCCCAGACGUACCAGAGACCUCGUGGGUGCUCUCACGGACAAGCGAGAUGUCCGAGGAGCUGGUGCAGCAGGUGAACGCCAAGCUGGAGGAACUGGGCCUGCCCCGCAGCAGGUACACAGACACGCCUCAGGACCCUGCGGGCUGCAAAGUCGACAACGGCAGCAACGGCGACGGUGGCGCCGCUGCGCUGGGGCCUGCGAUCGCACUCAUGUUGGCCGCCGCCAUCGCACUGCUCUUCUCCCUGUGA